AUGGCUUCCUCGCGGACUUCGACAAAAGUCAUUGUGGUGGGCGGUGGCGGCACCAUGGGGGCCUCGACUGCCUUGCAUCUGUUGCGGUUCGGCUACAGUCCGUCGAAUAUCACCGUUCUCGACACGUAUCCGAUCCCUUCAGCACAGUCGGCCGGACACGAUCUGAACAAGAUCAUGGGCGUUCGUCUCGACUGUGCGGGUUCAAAAGAAGGCAUUGAAGAGCUGCGGGCAGAGUUUCAAGCCCUUAUCGAUGCAGAUGUGAAGUUGGAAGAAACUCAUGAAUGGUUAGAUACCGAAGAGCAGAUUCUGGCCAAAAUUCCACAAUUGGAAGCCGAUCAAAUCAAGGGCUGGAAGGCGAUAUAUAGCCAGGAUGGGGGGUGGCUCGCGGCAGCCAAAGCCAUCAAUGCGAUUGGAGAGGUUCUGAAAGCCGAAGGUGUCAACUUUGGGUUUGGGAGUGCUGGUUCCUUCAAGCAGCCUCUCUUUAAAGAAGAUGGAAUCACCUGCAUCGGCGUCGAGACAGUAGACGGCACUAAGUAUUAUGCCGACAAAGUCGUUCUGGCUGCAGGAGCCUGGAGUCCUACACUUGUAGACCUUGAAGACCAGUGCUGCUCAAAGGCGAGUAAAAAGUCCUCUGAGUACAAGGGAGUCCCUGUCGUUUAUAACGGGGACAUCGGCUUCUUCUUUGAACCAAAUGAGUAUGGUGUCAUAAAAGUCUGCGACGAAUUCCCAGGAUUCUCCCGGUUCAGAAUGCACCAGCCUUGCGGCACCGACUUUCCAAAGAAAAUCUCAGUUCCCCGGUCUCAUGCGAAACAUCCUACAGACACUUAUCCUGACGAGUCUGAGAUCACCAUUAGAAAGGCCAUUGCAACUUACUUGCCCCGCUUCAAGGAGAAAGAGCUCUUCAACCGAAGCAUGUGUUGGUGCACUGACACGGCAGAUUCUGAUUUACUCAUUUGCGAGUAUCCAAAGUGGAAAAACUUUAUUCUUGCCACCGGUGACAGCGGGCACUCUUUUAAGCUUCUCCCUAGUAUCGGGAAGCACGUUGUCGAGCUCAUAGAAGGAAAUCUGGACCCAGACCUCGCCCACUACUGGAGAUGGCGGCCUGGAGGCGAUGCGCUGAAGUCUAACCGAGGGGCAGCACCCAAAGACCUCUCAGACCUGCCUGGUUGGAACCACGACGAGAAGGCUGUGUAA